AUGAACCACUGCCAUCCCAGCUCUCAUCACGGUGGCUCACCAUCAGAAAGGAACUCACCAGCUUGCGCAAGAUCUCAAUACCUCGGUGGUAUAACACAUGGAGUACAUCGUCAGUGGAAUUUCACGGCUUUUCUGAUGCUUCUCAACUGGCAAUGGCUGCAGUCGUAUUUAUCACCGUCCACGGCUCUAAUGGCGCCACGAUUUCAUUGGUGUGCUCCAAAACAAAGCAACUCACCUGUGGACGGACUCUGUUGUGACACUCACGUGGAUCAAAUCUCAUGCAUCACGCUGGAAGAAUUUUGUGAGAAAUCGAGUUUCUCAAAUUCAAGAGCUCACUGCGAACGCACAUUGGAAAUACGUACCAGGUUCAUAUCGCUUCUGAGAAAGCGCCGAUACAAGCCACUAGACUUGCACUCAGCUUUGGAGGAGGCCAGAUUAUUCUGGAUCAAGGCUACUCAAGCGGCAUACUUCCCGUACGAGAUCAAGAUGCUCACGGCCAACUCGAGACUACCAACUGCUCACGCAUUCAGUCGAGUCGACUAUGCCGGACCGCUCACCAUCAAAACAUGGAAAGGACGAGGUGCGAAAACAUACAAGGGAUGGAUCUGUGUGUUCGUCUGCUUCUCCACCUCCGCAAUUCACCUCGAAGUAGUCAGUGACUACUCAUCAGAAGGAUUCAUAGCAGCCUUCCGAAGAUUCUCAGCGAAAAGGGGAAUUGCUCAGACCAUAUAUUCGGACUGCGGGACAACAUUCAUUGGAGCAGACGCCGCGCUCAAGGAAAUGUUCAUCCAGAGUUCCCAAGAACAUCAACGAAUCGCUCAAAUUCUACAACGUGAUUGCACCAGAUGGGAGUUCAACCCACCAGGCGCUCCACACAUGGGGGGCAAGUGGGAGGCGGUGGUGAAAUCCGUGAAGUUUCAUCUGAGACGGACUAUCGGGGAGACUCUACUCACGACGGAAAAACUCACAACGUUGUUUACGCAAAUCGAGGCCAUUCUCAACUCGCGGCCUUUAGAACCGCUGAGCGACGACCCUGAAGACGUCUCUGCGCUCACACCAGGUCAUUUCCUCAUUGGAGGUCCAAUCACUACCAUACCCGAGCCAUCUCUGAUUGACCUAGCAACCUCACGACUAUCUCGGUGGCAGCUCAUCCAGCAGCGUGUUCAACUUUUUUGGGCACAAUGGUCGGCUCAUUAUCUGCAACGCCAGCAGGCGAUAUCCAAGUGGCAUCAUCCUAACAACAACAUCAAGGUGGGUUCCAUCGUGCUGCUCACCGACGAACGCUCUCCACCGUGCAAAUGGCCACUCGCCAGAGUAACAGCUUUGCACCCCGGCAAGGAUGGACUCACCAGGGUGGUUACUCUCAAGAUGGCCACCACGACACUCACUCGGCCAAGUGCCAAGCUUGCCAUAUUACCCAUUUCAACCGGAUGA